UGGGUUUUAAUGCACCUUGGCACAAUAGGUUUUAGGUGAAGGUAGACGAUCAAUCAAACAAUGAAUCUGGACAGAUACGGAUAGAGCAAAAAGAAAGGAGAGUUUGCUGUUUGUCCUGAAAAUAGAAUAAAUGUCUAUGUAAUGAGACAGAGAGAUUAGAGGGAGGAUAGAGAGAGAGAAGACACAGACGGAGAGAGAGCACAACCACUGAAUCAAGGAGAAUAUGUGAAGGCAUCGCAUGAACAAGGGAGAGAGACAGACAGAAGGAGGCAGGGAGAGAAUAAGAGGCAGAAUGAGUGAGACAGAAAGGCAAUAGAGGGUUGGACGGAUGAAAGAGCUGGAGACGAGAAGAUGCUUCAGCUUCAUGAGGACGAUACUGAACAACCUGCUCCAACAGACUGACACAUCAGCAGCUCACUCAUCAGGAUCACAACAGGUCUUAAUGACGCCUGAAGCAAGAAACAUCAACGAGAGAAAGCAAACUGUGAUAGACCUCUAAAACUCCUCCAGCCAUCGAUUAUAUGAUGGUACGAUGGAACAACUUCAACUCUAGAUGAACUAAACUGGAUUCAACAAUAUGCUGUGGAUCAAUUCUCCACUGGGAGAUUGUUCUUGAGGCAAGACCACGUGGAGUGUAACAUCGUAAUACUUUGAUUCACAGACUCAAUUUCUUUUUAAUGAGCUGGAAUGCCUUUCCCCUGCCAAGAAUGAGAAAUUGAAAGAUGCUCAGUGAGCCGUGCCCUUCAACACCUGCACACUCUCAUAGACGAGCACAAGUUUGCUUGGGAUUUGAAGAAGAAUGCUCCUACUUAAAAUUUUGCAGAUGCAACAAUUUCGCCUUCAGAUGUCAAUUUGUCUGCUCAGUACUUCAGUUCUGAAGCUGAAUCCCUUAAAAACCGAAGAUGAGCCUGCUGGGUCGACAUAAGGACCCGACUAUUGGUUUGGCACAAAAAAAUUUUCAAGGACACUUCAAAAACAAUUCUUGGAGAUAUUCCAUUAACAUUUUGAGAAUGUCUGACUUUAAAACACCAUUAAGACAUUGACUGGAAAUCUCAAACUGAGAGGCCCAAUUUGGGUAAACAUAUCAAACACAAUACAAUACAAUAUAAAAUGGCGGAGCUUGCUGGAUACAAUGGCAGCGAGAGCUUCAUGCUCUCAACCGGUCCGCCUUUCAACUCGACCAGUGACUAUGACUAUUAUGAAUCUGAACCUGACGCUAGCAAGAUCAUCAUCCCCUCCAUCUAUGCACUGGUGUGCUGUGUCGGUGUCACAGGGAACGCCAUGGUCAUCUACGUCAUCCUCAAGUACGCCAAGAUGAAGACGGCCACCAACAUCUACAUUCUCAAUCUCGCCAUCGCGGACGAACUCUUCAUGCUGAGCGUCCCGUUCCUGGCGACCUCGGCCGCGGUGCACCACUGGCCGUUCGGCUCGCUCAUGUGUCGUUUGGUUCUCAGCGUGGACGGCAUCAACAUGUUCACGAGCAUCUUCUGCCUGACCGUGUUGAGCGUGGACCGCUACAUCGCCGUGGUACACCCGAUCAAAGCGGCUCGCUACCGUCGCCCGACCGUCGCAAAAGUGGUCAACGUUUGCGUGUGGGUACUUUCGCUGCUUGUGAUUCUGCCCAUCAUUAUAUUUGCAGACACGGUCCCGGCGCAGGACGGUGGAGUGGACUGCAACUUUCUAUGGCCUCAGGCCUUGUGGUCGGAAGCGUUUGUGGUCUACACGUUCCUACUGGGUUUUUUGGUCCCAGUGGCGGCCAUUUGCAUGUGCUACUGCUUGAUUGUGGCGCGCAUGCGAGCCGUGGGCCUCAAAGCGGGCUGGCUGCAGCGCCGGCGCUCUGAAAAGAAGAUCACACGCAUGGUGCUGCUGGUGGUCGCCGUUUUCGUGGUCUGCUGGAUGCCGUUUUACAUUGUGCAGCUGAUCAGUGUGUUUUGCAAGCCGCCGGACCCCAUGGUGACUCAGCUAUUUGUCAUUCUGAGCUACGCCAACAGCGGCGCCAACCCCAUUCUCUACGGAUUCGUGUCGGACAACUUCCGCCGCUCGUUCCAGCGCAUCAUCUGCUUCCGCUGGCUGGAGAACGGGAUGGAUGCCGAGCAGGUGGACUAUUGCGCCGUCGCCCUACGGCGUCAGACCACAUGUGGCCCAAGGGACUUUCCAAAGGAGUGCUUAGCCUCCGACAUGGUGUUUCGCAAUGGAACCUGCACGUCCCGUACAACAACUCUGUGAGAGGCUAUUCAGUCAGAGUGUUGGAGUUUAAAGGGAUUGUUCACCACACUUACUUUCAUGUCGAUACAAACCUGUAUGACUUUCUUUCUUUUGUGGAACAGAAAGGAAGGUGCUUUAUUAGGUUACAAUUGACUUCCAUUGAUUGGACAAAAAACAAAGUAAGUAAUGUUUAAAACGAUAUGAGGGUGAGAAUGACAGAAUUUUUAAUUUUCGGGUGAACUAUACCUUCAUUACUUCACUAAUUACACUGGGUGAGAGCUCAUACCCUCACCCUCAAUUCAUGUGACUUUCUUUUUUCAGUCGAACACAAUCAGAGUCAUUUUAAAUAAUAGCCUUGCUCUUGCCAGCUUUGGAAUGGAAUUGAAUAAACCACAUCCAUCCAUCAUAAACAUAAUCCAUACGACUCCUGUGGAUUAAUAAAUGCCUUGCGAAGUGCAGCAAUGGGUUUUUGUAAGAAUAGUGCCCAAAUUUAAAACUUUAUAAACUAUAAUCCCUAGCUUCCAGCAGUGGCUGUACGGGUGUUAAUGAGAGAGUUGAGUUCUGGUAGAAGUGUGACCUCUGACCCGACGUAUAAUCAGUGUUGGGUAAGUUACUCUAAAAAAAGUAAUUAAUUACUAUACUA